AUGAAGGACCGCCUGCCCGAACUCCUGGAGCUCACCAGGCGUUACGACCUGCAGUAUCCAGACGAGGGGGACGAUGACCUGGACGGGCCCAGGGAAGACAUCGUGUUCGAGAGCGACCAGCUCCUGCAGGCGCUGUCCCAGGACAUCCAGGAUGUGCAGGCCGAGACCUUGCAACUGGCAUCCGACGUGAAGCGCCUGGGCAAGCAGAACGCGCGCUUCCUCACCUCCAUGAGGCGCUUGAGCAGCAUCAAGAGGGACACCGGGGCCAUCGCCAGGGACAUCAAGGCGCGCGGGGAGGCGGUCCACCGCCGGCUGCAGGCCCUCAAGGCCGUGGGCGAACGGGCAGAGGCCCAGCACGGUGCCCACUCGGCCGUGGCGCGCAUCGCCCGGGCACAGUGCCAUGCGCUCAGCCGUCGCUUCCAGGAGGCCAUGCAGGACUACCACGCGGCCGAGAUGAAGCAGCGCGCCAAUUGCCAGCUGCGCAUCCGACGACAGCUGGAGAUCAUGGGCCGGGAUGUGUCCGGGGAGCAGCUGGAGACCAUGUGCGAGCAGGGCCAGUGGGAUGUGUUCUCGGGGAACCUGCUGGCCGAGCUCAAGGGCGCGCGCAACGCACUUGGGGAGCUGGAGAGCCGCCACCGUGAGCUCGUGCGCCUGGAGAGCCGCCUCCGAGACGUGCACGACCUUUUCUUGGACAUGGCCUUGCUGCUGGAGGAGCAGGCCGACACCCUGGACAUCAUCGAGCGCAACGUAAACCAGACCCGGGACUACACGGGCCAGGCCAAGGCUCAGGUGCGCAAGGCUGUGCAGUACAAGAAGAAAAACCCUUGCAGGGCCAUUUGCUGUUUCUGCUGUCCCUGCUGCGACUAG